AGGCGGGCGCGGUGGACGCCUCGCUUCCUCUUGAGCAAGAUGGCGGGGGACGAGGCAGGAGUAACUCUGGGGCAGCCGCAUCUCUCCCGGCAGGACCUCGCCAGCUUGGAUGUUACCAAGCUGACACCUCUCUCACCAGAAGUCAUCAGUAGACAAGCUACAAUUAAUAUAGGUACAAUUGGCCACGUGGCUCACGGAAAGUCAACUGUAGUCAAAGCUAUAUCUGGAGUUCAUACUGUCAGAUUCAAAAAUGAACUGGAAAGAAAUAUCACUAUCAAGCUGGGUUAUGCCAAUGCUAAGAUCUACAAACUUGAGGAUCCCAGCUGUUCCCGACCAGAGUGUUACCGGUCUUGUGGAAGUAGCACACCAGAUGAAUUCCCUACAGAUAUUCCUGGGACCAAAGGGAACUUUAAAUUAGUCAGACAUGUCUCUUUUGUGGAUUGUCCUGGUCAUGAUAUCUUGAUGGCUACUAUGCUGAACGGUGCAGCAGUCAUGGAUGCAGCUUUGCUGUUGAUAGCUGGUAAUGAGUCGUGCCCUCAGCCCCAGACCUCUGAACAUCUAGCUGCUAUAGAAAUCAUGAAAUUGAAACACAUUCUAAUUCUACAGAAUAAGAUUGAUUUGGUAAAGGAGAGCCAAGCUAAAGAGCAGUAUGAACAGAUUCUUUCUUUUGUACAAGGCACAGUUGCAGAAGGUGCUCCCAUUAUUCCAAUCUCAGCACAGUUGAAAUACAACAUUGAGGUAGUUUGUGAAUAUAUAGUAAAGAAAAUUCCAGUCCCUUUGCGAGACUUCACAUCUGAACCAAGGCUUAUUGUAAUUAGGUCUUUUGAUGUCAACAAGCCUGGAUGUGAAGUUGAUGAUCUUAAAGGUGGUGUAGCUGGUGGUAGUAUUCUAAAAGGAGUACUAAAGGUGGGCCAGGAAAUUGAAGUCAGACCUGGUAUAGUCUCCAAGGACAGUGAAGGAAAACUCAUGUGCAAGCCAAUCUUUUCCAAAAUUGUGUCCCUUUUUGCAGAACACAAUGAUCUACAGUAUGCUGCUCCAGGAGGCCUAAUAGGUGUUGGCACAAAGAUUGAUCCAACUUUGUGCCGGGCUGACCGAAUGGUUGGGCAGGUUCUUGGUGCAGUUGGAGCACUGCCUGAAAUAUUCACGGAGCUAGAAAUUUCCUAUUUUCUACUUAGGCGACUACUAGGUGUACGCACUGAAGGUGACAAGAAAGCUGCAAAGGUGCAAAAACUAUCCAAGAAUGAAGUUUUAAUGGUAAACAUAGGAUCUUUGUCUACUGGAGGGAGAGUUAGUGCAGUGAAGGCUGAUUUGGGCAAGAUUGUGCUAACUAACCCUGUGUGCACAGAAGUGGGAGAAAAAAUUGCCCUUAGUCGAAGAGUUGAGAAACACUGGCGUUUAAUUGGCUGGGGUCAAAUUAGAAGAGGAGUGACAAUCAAGCCAACAGUGGAUGAUGACUGAAAAGCAGAAAUGAGUACUUUGUUUUGCUAGAUGGAGUGCCUGUUUCCAUAUAUUUGAGGGGUACAUUUUUGGAGUGGAAUUACUUGCACAGCUCCCAGUACCUUUAAAAGUUGUAUUCUGAUGUCUCCAUUCAUUUUACUGAAUUUUACCCUCAUUAAAAUGUUAGUCAUUGUCUCCAAUAAAAAGUGUAAAACAGUUGGUGUAGAGAUGGGUUUACUUUUCCACAUUUUGGAAGAAAAUAAUCAGAGAUGUCUCAUGCCAUGUCUAAUUUAUGUUAAUUUGUCAUUAAACAGAUACUUGUUUCAAAAUUAGUCAAGCCAGUGCUAAUGUAACAUGCACAGACCUGGUUUUUUAAAUAAAAUAUUGCUUAUUUUUCA